UGGUGAAGGGGCUGUCGGCGCCAUGUCCAGCCGCAAAGGUGGCAAAAAGAAGCCCCUGAAACAGCCCAAGAAGCAGGCCAAGGAGAUGGAUGAGGAGGACAAGGCUUUCAAGCAGAAACAGAAAGAGGAACAGAAGAAACUCGAGGAGCUGAAAGCCAAGGCCACGGGGAAGGGGCCCCUGGCCACAGGUGGAAUUAAGAAAUCUGGCAAAAAAUAAGCUAUUCCUCGUAUCUGAG